AUGGAGCCACGGGCCCCUCCAAAGAAGCGCAAACGAGUCGCGAUUGCGUGCCCCGAGUGUCGAUCACGAAAGACAAAGUGUGAUCACAUUGUGUCCAGACAGGUUGAUGAUGAUAUGCUCAAGGGAAUACCAAAGAGUUCGCAAGCCUACAUUCGUUCUCUGGAGCAAAGGCUUAGGAAGUUCGAGGAGCAGGAAACACGGGCGCAUGGCAAACCAGCUCAACCAGCGUCCCUGGCCCAGCACUCACGGAGGAGCCAGGCGUAUUCUUCUCCACCGCCUCUUGUUCAACAGCGACAAUCUAUCCUCAUAUCCGCCAACCCUGAGAUAUUUAUGGGGGGAUACUCGGGCAUCUCGUUCACCCAGCUGAUUCUAAAUGCUAUGAAUGGCGCAGAUUCAAACAAACUGGAGGCACAGUCUCUGUCAUCUCCACGCGAUCCUCCAUGCUUCUCCACGCCCUCGGACCUUUUUACUCUUCCACCGAAUUGUCGCGAGUUAAUUGAUCUCUUUUUUGACUUUCAUUAUGAGCUGUCGCCCAUAUUUCAUGCACCUACCCUCCUGGCGAAGAUCGACCGACUCAUUGCCGGUGACACAGCGUACCGGUCCGAACACAGAUAUAUCCUGGCAAUCAUGAACAUGCUUUUGGCCAUAGCCGCUUCCCACCAGCGACACCGGACGGAAUCGUCGGCCUCUAGUACAAGGGGUUAUUACGACAUAGCAAUGGCCCUUGUCGGUCCUACCCUCCUAUUCGACUGGAAAAUCGAGAAGGUCCAAAUCCUCUUGCUAGGUGCCAGGUAUCUUCAAAGUUCCAGUUCUCCUUCAGAGUGCUGGAAUGUACUUGGUCUGGCGAUUAGGAUUGCAUACGGCCUUGAGCUUCAUCGGGCGCCUGGAGAGGAGUUCGAUUGUAUCAUGCGAGAAACACGAAAACGCGUAUGGUACGCCUGUUAUGGUCUAGACCAGUUGCUGAGUAUGAUCUAUGGUAGACCAGCAGCGACCUCAUCUUCAACAUUUGAUACCCCACUUCCAGAAGAUUUGGACGACGAUUGUAUCCAGAAAAGCAGGCUACUUUUCCCCAGUCUUGAGGCUCCGUCGACAAUGUCGUUUUCAAUCCAAGUCUCCAAGCUGUAUCGAUUACUUGAGUCUGCCGCGUCCUGUGCCGAGCCCCCUUUGGAAACUCUGGUGCAGCUGGAUGAAGCCUUUGAGUCGUGGUAUGCUAGCGUUCCCCCAAAUCUCAAAGUCCGGGGCAAUAUGACCGUGCAAGACGACAAGUGUCUUAUCCUAGCUCUCCGAGCAAAUAUGGUUAGGAUCCUCAUUCAUCGACAGUCCCUCGCCUCCACACUCAGUCUCCUGUCCAAAACCGAGCAAGCAUGGAAACAUCCUGAGACUCUCAAAAGCAGUAUGCUUCAAAACAGUCGACGAAUCUGUGUCCAGACAGCCGAGGAAACGAUCGAUUUGGUUGGUCUUCGAUAUGACCAGACUAAACAUGCUCUUGGGCCGAGCUGGUUCAACCUCUAUUAUCUAUUCAACGCAAUAUUAAUUGUUGUAUCACAUGUCGUGGAUCCAGAAUAUCGAGACGACAAAAGAGCACUUUCCCAACUAGAUCGUGCAAUGCAAAUGAUCAGGCAGAUGUCCACAAACCACCAAUGUGCACAACGCGCUUACACUUUCCUCCAGCAACUUCUCAGCUUCAUGGACAGGUCCUUGCUCGUUGAGGGACGACGCGGCGUAAGCUCUUCGAGACCGCAAACCGGAACUGUCUCAUCUCCUGUUCUAGAGGGCUCGGCCAACGACGAUGGUGGCUACGACGACCUGGUGCACCCGGACCUUUUUGCAUUUUGGGACAUCACCCAAGAUCUGACGACCAACCUAGGGACUCAGCUCGAGUCUUACUCUUCUUUGGGAUGCGGAAUGUGGUCAUGGGACGUCAAUGCUCAACAUGAAAUCGCGCAAUGA